GAUAUCUGCCAGCUGCCCGAAAACAAGCAGAGAGGAAGAGCGCUCAGGUUCCAUUAAACUGUGAUGUGGCUAGGUUAAUGUUAGCAAGGUAACACUUAUGGUUGCUACUAGUGCAGGAUAUUUCCCCCAAUCCACUGACUCGAUAUGGGCAAAAGAGACAAUCGAGUGGCUUAUAUCAACCCUAUUGCUGCAGCACGAGCCAGAGGACCGGUAAACAACGCUGGACCAACGAUACAAGAUUACUUAAGCAGACCUCGACCAACAUGGGAGGAGUUGAAGGAGCAGCUGGAGAAGAAGAAGAAGGGCUCUCGAGCCCUGGCUGACUUUGAGGACAAAAUGAAUGUGAAAUGGAGGAAAGAACUGGCAAAGAACAGAGAGAAGCUGUUAGGUGGAAGUGAAAAAGACAAAGAGAAAGACAAAAAGAUAAUGGACAAGGAAAAAGAAGAGAAGAAAGAGAAAAAAGAGAAGAAGAAGAAAGAGAAGAAGAAAUCCAGCAGGCAUUCUUCAUCUUCCUCCUCCUCAUCGAGUUCUGAUUCCUCCAGCAGCUCCUCCUCAGAAUCUGAAGACGAGGAUGAAAAGAAGAGUGUGAAGAAAAAGCGGAAGCGAAAGAGGUCGUUGGCUAGGAGAGCGUCAGACAGUUCAGAGGAUGAAUCUGAUGCUGACAGCAAGAAGAAGAAGAAAAAGUUAAAGGAAGAAGUGGACAAAGACAAGGACGACAGGAGCCGUAAAAGAAAAAGGAAGGCUGAGCGGAGUUAUAAAGACUCAUCAACCGAGUCCUCUGCGGACUCUGAGGAAGAAGAGGUAACUGAAGCUAAGAAAAAAAAGAGAAGUAGUGAGGAAAAGGAGAAAAUUACAGACAAAUCCAAGAAGAAGAGGAAAAAGAAGCACAAGAAGCAUGGCAGAAAAAAGAAAAAGAAGACAGCAUUAUAUUCAGACUCUGAUCUCGACUAACAACCGUAGCUGUACGGUUCUCUCAUUGUCCUGACAGUUCACCAGUAGUGUUUUUUUUUUGCCUUUAACUUAAAAAAUAAAAACUCUCCCAUCCAGCCUGACACUGACACACUUGCAAUGCUGGAGUCCAGUGAGUGAAGAGGGACAAAGUGGCAGCUACUGGUACAUACCUUCUGUUGAUUUUUAUCACUAUGCUUUUAGUAGAUGAUUGUUCUUUGGGUUACACUCAACGUCAGGACGGAUGUGAAUUUCACCGCCUCCCCCCCUCCACAGCUCAUGUUGGAGAUUUUCAUAUGACGGGCACUUCCUUUCACCUGCAGUAUGCUGGCCCUCUCGGAGUGAUUCUGCCUCGUACCAGACAUCUUGCAUUUCUCGUUGCUAGAUGAGGCUGUUGUGCUAGUGCCUGUGUCAUGCAUGUAGACCUGAUGAUCUGAUGUCUCGCCAGCCUCAUAUUGAAGUUGGAUUUAUGAUAAGAAAUGUGAGCUACACGGUUGACAUUUAUACAAGGGAUAACUGUUCCAUUAGAAGAGCUGUUACACUGCAGUGUAAAUGUGUAAACAAUGGGAAUUCAUGAAUAAAGUAUUGUUUUAGCCUUUAUAGCUGAUACUAUA